CUACAACGCGACCGGCAACUGCGCGGCGUUGCCAAACCGCUGUGUCGAGCAGCGCUUUACGUCGCACUCGCUCGGCACAAGCCGCCAUUUUGGCCACGCAUCUAUUUCCACAACCAGUCGGCCACCAGUCGCGAUAUUGGACGCGUUAAAACGUUUUAUAAUUUGCGAAUCAAAUAAUAUUUUUUUACUAUAAAUAUGGAUAAUUUCGAUACGGAAAGAUUUAUAGAAGAAAUAGAAAACAGACCACCUCUAUGGGAUAAUACUUUAGAAGAAUAUUCUAAGCGAGAACUGAAAAAGCAAUGUUGGGAUGACAUUGUUGAUAUAUUCGGCGGCAAGUCCUUGACGGCUACGGAGCGGAGAAAUGCCGAAAUAACGCUACAAAAAAAAUGGAAAGGUAUUCGAGGCUGUUUCACACGUGAGCUCAAAAGACAGGAGAAGCUAAAGGCUGGAGAUUUUCCAGGGCCAAGGAAGUCUGAAUACACGCAUUUCCAACAACUACAAUUUCUUCGUAACGUCGUUAUAUCAAGAGACUCCGACGAAGCGCCAGACUAUAUUUACUACGAAGUCCCAGAUUUUACAGACAUUAAGAAAGAAGAUGACGACGAUGACCCUUUGCAAGAGGACAGGUACAGGCGAGCAAAAAAAGCGAAGUACGAAACGGACGACGAUGAAGACAAAUUAUUUCUCUUGUCGAUGCUAAGUACGUUGCAGAGUAUACCUGUGUCUAAGAAGAUAACUACUAAAAUUAAACUGUUGACUGUUCUAGAAGAAGCGACGAGAAACACAGAAGAUUAGGAAUGUUGAGGACACCGCAACGAGUUCCGAUUUCCUAAUCCCGAGUUCCUUCAAGUACAGUGGAUGUUUUGAAUACGGAACUGACAGGGGAACGUUGUCUCACUCGCACAACUGCAUUUAUGUAGCAAAAUAUCUCUUUAGCCGGGACACUAUGAUGCUAUUGAUGACGAGACGGACUAAAGUGGAAUACGUACGAUUAUGAUGUAAAAAAAAACAUUCGUUCAAA